ACAUUAUUGUUUGAGGAUAGUUUGAGGUUAUAAAAUUAGUUUCAGUUUCAGGUGCAUAUUUAUUUUAUUAAAAAUCAUGAGUAAAAAGUUAAAAGAUUUGAAAUGGCAGUCCGUAGCUUUAGACGGCUUUCCAGCAUCUAUGGGGGACAAAUUACAGGGAUUUAUAGGCUUGGAAGAGUGUACAAGUUAUAGUCUUGAUAAAGAAAGACCACGCAAUAAAAAGAAAAAAGAACAAAAGAAGCGCAAAAACACAACAUCCGUAGAAGAAACAGUACAAAAACAGAUACCAAACAAAAAACAGAAACUCAGCAAUGGUUUCAUUGUGGAGACCUGCGACGCCGCCACGCCUUCGCUGAACAACGAAGACCGUCCAGCCCCUACAGAGAACAAGAGACAUAACACACCAGGAGCUAGCAAAAAGAGUAAAAGUGUAAAGAAACUGGGUGAGAGUGUGUCAGAGGUGAGGUCGGAGUUGACGUCUGAAGACAUGCUGUCGUGGGCCGAGUUCAAGCUGCCGGAGGAGAUCACCCGCGCGCUCAUGGAGCUCGGCUUCAAGCAGCCCACCAAGAUACAGCAGUUGUCACUGCCUGCUGCUAUUCAUGGUCGCAGAGAUAUCCUAGGUGCAGCUGAGACGGGCAGCGGUAAAACCCUUGCCUUCGGCCUGCCCAUCCUUACUGGCAUCUUAAAACUCAAAGAGAAGGCACAAGCAAAGGGCCUAGACGUCUAUGAGAUCCCGUACAAAAAGAGCAGCAAAAAAAAACCAGCACCUGAGCCUCAGAAGAAGCAGAUUAAAAAGAAAAAGAAUAAAAUUAAAAAGAAAGAAAUUAAAAAAGAUACUUCUUCUGAAGAUGGGUACAGCAGUGGAGAAGAUGAGAAGGAAAUUAAAGAAGAUCAGGAAGAAUUAAAAGACAAUGAUGAUGAUGAUUUCUUAGAAGAGAUAGAAGUGCCGGUGAAAAAGAGAGAGCUAUCAACGGAUGAAGGGAAUGAUAGUGAUGACAGUGCCGAGUAUGUGCACCUUUCUGAUAUAUUUAAUGAUGAUGAUUCUGAAUCUGAUGAAGACGGAAAUGAGAGAGUGGGUGAUGAAAAAUCAAAUGGUGAGAAUGAAGGUAGUGGUGAUGAAACGGAGAGUCAAGAUGAAGUAGAUGGUGAUGAGGAAGGCAUAGGCUGUGUGAAAGUCAUAGACAACAUAGAGUUGCCCGGCACAGAGAUGGUGCGAACGGGCAGUCCGCUCUACGCUCUCAUUCUAACUCCUACCAGGGAACUGGCCAUGCAGAUAUCUCAGCAUUUGAAGGCUGUUGCCAAGUAUACAGGUGUCCGCAUAGCGACAGUAGUAGGCGGUAUGGCGUCGGUGAAGCAGGAGCGAGAACUGAGCCGCAGCCCCGAGGUGGUGGUGGCCACGCCGGGCAGACUGUGGGAGCUCACAGCUCGCGGUCAGCCGCACCUGCAGCAGCUGCCUUGUGUCAAGUUCCUGGCGAUAGACGAGACGGACCGCAUGAUCGAGCGCAACCACUUCGAGGAGCUGCACCCGCUGCUGGAGAGGCUCAACUCCGACGAGGCGCAGAGAAGCUCCCGGCAGAACUUCGUGUUCUCCGCCACGCUCACCCUGGUGCACGAUCUGCCCGCGCACAUGAAGGGGAAGAAGGUGACGAAACGCGGCAAGAUAAUAAACAGAAAGAUCGAGAAGAUGACCCCGAAGCAGAAGAUCGCUCGGCUGGUGGCGCUCGUCGGCAUGACCGAGCCCAAGGUUGUGGACAUCACCGCUGACAACUUGGGCACCGCCGAGACGCUGACGGAGUGCAGGAUCGCGUGCGCCUUCGAGCACAAGGACGCCUACCUCUACUACAUCCUGAAGCGACACCCGGGCAGGACUAUAGUGUUCUGUAACGCCAUCGGCUGCGUGCAGCGGUUAGCGCAGCUGUUGUCGUUACUCAAGUGCCGGCCUCUUCAGCUCCACGCCAAUCUGCAGCAGCGGCAGAGGCUCAAAAAUCUAGAAAGGUUCAGGGACGACCCUCACGGAGUCCUGAUAGCGACGGACGUGGUGGCGCGAGGGCUGGACAUCCCGGACGUGGACCACGUCAUACACUACCAGGUGCCGCGCACCGCCGAGAACUACGUGCACCGCAGCGGGCGCACGGCGCGCGCCAGCAAGGAGGGGCUCACCAUCCUCAUGAUGGAGCCGCAGGAGGCCUACAGAUACGCCAAGCUGUGCAUCACGCUCAACAAGAAGUCCUCGCUGCCGACAUUCCCGGUGCCGCCGCUAAGUUUGGAUUCUCUCAAGGCGCUCGUCAACACGGCGCGUCAGCUUGACGCGCUGUUGCUCAAGCGCAAGCGCGCAGCUCAAGCGCUGGGCUGGAGAGAGAAGGCUGCGCGGGACAUGGACAUGAUUGUGGACGACGAUGACGCGCCCGUGAAGGAGCUAGACCCGGGCCUCGAGAAGGCCGUGAAGGUGACACAGAAGCAGCUGAACGCCAUGCUAGCCCGGCCCGUGUUCCCGAGGGGCUUCUCCUUCAAGUACCCCACUCUUAAUGAGCCCACUGCGUUGGCAGAGACGCAGGAUAACGCCUUGCAGGUUAUGAAGAAAGCGCUAGAAUCCGGAGAGUUGAAGCGAGAGAAGAGGAAAAGCAAGAACGCGUCGUUACUCAAACUGCAGAAAACGCUAAAAAAGAAAUAAACGCUGAUAAACUAC